AUUCUGCAGCAGCACAGCAAAAGCAAAACGUGCAAAAUAUUUCAGCCUACUGCUCCAGAGACUCGUGGAUUAGACAUGAACUAGACGCCUAAUUUUCUUCACCGCCUGAACAAUUUGCUUGCGUAAGACGUCACCGUCUCCUCCUGCUCCGCGCGACGCUGCUCUUCGCUCGCUGGUUUAAAAAAAAAAAAAAAACUCUCCAGAGGAGUAGCCUCUGCGCUCUGUAAAUGGUCAAGUCCUCACCCUCAGAAAGCAACAGAGGGCGGAAUAAGGAGCUCUCGGUACGGAAGGAAAACAAGCAGGCUCCGAAGCAGGAAAUUAGAGUGAGGACCCAGCUUGGAGAGAAAAUAAUACUAGUACUGACCCCACCCACGGCACAGUUUUGGCUGAGGAACCAGCAGAGCCUGUCUAGGUCUGCAAGAAACAGCAGGUUAAGUGCAGACGGACCUGCACAAUGGCUCUGUUGACCCUGCAUAGGAUCCCAUCCAUUUCCACCACGCCAGAUGAAGGCCUCCAAAGAAGAGGAAGACUUCAGAAAAGAGAGAGCUUUGCCCUCGUUAAAGGGGCAGUCCUCCUGCUGGAAGAUGGCAAGAGCGGGAGCCUUCAUCAGGAGAUGUCUCGCACCCCGACUUCUCCUGUCAAGCAAAGCAGCGGCGCGCCAGACAUGCGCCACACACAUCUCCGUGCAAUGAUUGAACACCUCAGACCAGAAGAUACAGUGAAGCUGGCGGUGCAGUUAGAUUCUGUUAGCUCAGUAAGAGUCAGGUAUCUGAUCGUGGUUUCCACACUGGCCAACAAACAUGAGAGCAUCCUGCUGGGCAUGGAUUUCCCCAACUCAGACAGUGAUCAUUGCACCAUCGGUCUGGUACUGCCAAUAUGGAGCAAUACACAAGUUUAUCUGGACGGAGAUGGUGGCUUUAGCGUGAGCUCAGCAAAAGAGACCAGAAUCUUUAAACCGGUUUCCAUGCAGACCAUGUGGUCAGUGCUGCAGGUGUUGCAUGGUUGCUGUGAGCGUGCAAUCAAGGCAGCUUUGAUCCCAGGCUCUGGGCUGGAAUGGGCUCGGCACUACCACCGGCACAUCGAGUCCGAUCGCAACUGCCUCAAUGAGUGGGAGGUCAUGAAUGACCUGGAGUCGAUCCGUAAGGACAGCGAUGGACAGAGUUCGGCAGAGAGAGUUUCCAGUGAGAUCCUGAUCAAAGAACACCUGAGAGACAUCAUGAGGACUGAAGACCUGGACAACCUCACAUCCAAAAUGGUGCACGCUACCCUGGAGACCAGGAUAGGCUUUGACAUGAGACCCUACAAGGAGUACAUCGACAAUGAGAUCCUGGUCACCAUGGCUCAGAUGGACAAGCCCUCCAAAAUAUUUGACUAUCUAUACCUGGGCUCCGAGUGGAACGCAGCUAACUUUGAGGAGCUGCAGAAAAACAACGUGGGCUACAUUCUGAAUGUGACGAGGGAGAUUGACAACUUUUUCCCAGAGUCCUUCAAUUAUAUGAACAUCAGAGUGUACGAUGUGGAAGCCACAGACUUGCUGUCCCAUUGGCCAGCUACAUUUAACUUCAUCAACACUGCAAGGAAGAGUGGUCAGGCGGUGUUGGUUCACUGCAAGAUGGGCGUGUCCCGCUCUGCGUCUACAGUGAUUGCGUACGCUAUGAAGCAGCAGCACUGGACACUGGAUGUGGCACUGACCUACGUCAGGGAUCGCCGGUCCAUCAUCAAGCCCAAUGAGGGCUUCAUGAAGCAGCUCCAGACCUACAGCGGCAUCCUCAAUGCAAGCCAGCAGCGCCAUAGUGCUCUCUGGAAGCGAAAGUCGAGAGACCAAAGACAAAAAUCAGUUCGAAACGAGGAAAGAGGGGAGGAAGAAAAGACAGCC